GCUAACUUGACAGUGGCGCUACUGCAGCUCGGCUGGACGGUCGCGUGAAGAGCGUCAAAACAAACGGAAAUUAACUUUCUGCUCUUUUGUUUCUGAACGGACUCACGCUUCGGAUUAACGGGUUUAACGGACACUAGCAGUGGGACAGACAGACUCGUCUCCAGUGGGACAGACAGACUCGUCUCCAGUGGGACAGACAGACUCGUCCUUCUGAGUCCCGGAUUUGGGGGAAUGGUGGCGCAGGGCGGGAGGCUACGCUGAGCGGAGGAGGAGGAGAGGAGGAGAGGAGGAGUAGAGGAGGAGGAGGAGAGCAGCAUGGAGCAGACCAGCAUGGAGCAGACCUCCAGCCUCCUGCUGAGCGAGGCGGUCUGCAGCCAGCUGCCUGAACACCAGCGACCUCUCAUCUUCCAGUGGCUCAGCCAGUGAAGAGAAGACUCCCCCACCCCCCGGGCCGAGAUCAGACAGAACCAGCGGCGCCUGGUCGAGCAGCUAUCGGACGUUCUGAUUGGCUCCCCCGGCCCGCCCACCCGCUGGCUGCUGGCCCACUGCGUGGCCCUGCUCUUCCGCCUGGGAGACCCCAUCGCUGCCAGCCUAUUGGUCGACAGGUGCAAUGACAUCAUCCGAAGCAAAGACGACUCUCCGUCGGGACUCCCGACCCGGCUGGCGGCCAUCGCGUGUCUCGGGUCUCUGUUCGAGCAGCUCGGCCGGAUGCUCAUCGGCUCCUUCAGAGACUCUCUGUCCAACCUGCUGAAGGCCAUGAAGACCGCCGAGUCUCAGGGCCGGUACGAGAUCACGCGGAGCUUGGAGAAGAUCCUGCGAGGUUUGGGGGCCAGCGCCGCGCCGGGUCACCGAGACGUCUACAAGGCGGCGAGGACCUGUCUGACGGACCGGUCCAUGGCGGUACGCUGCGCCGCUGCCGAGUGCCUGCUGGAGCUGCAGAGGGAGGCGGGGUUCCUGUGGACCAGCGAGCUGGAGAACGUGGCCUCGCUGUGCUUCAGGGCCUUCGAGGGAUCCAACCACAGCGUCCGAGCGUCAGUCGCCAGGCUGCUGGGGACUCUGCUGGCUGCAGCCGUGGAGCCCUCCCGGCAGACGCCCCCCCGCCAGGCCCCCGCCCCGCGGCCGGCUGGGCGGGGGCGGAGCUCCCUGGAGGAGGCGAUGGAUCUGUUGUCGGGGGGGUUCCUGCGGGGCGGGGGGGGUUUCCUCCGAGCCAGCGGAGACAGGCUGAAGGGGACGACCUCCGUCAGCAAGGACGUCCGCAUCGGAGUCACGCAGGCCUGCGUGGUCCUGGUCUCCAUCCUGGGGGGGUCCUGGUUGGAGGGGUCCCUCCCGUCCUUCCUGUCCCUGCUGAUGGAGCUGGCGUCCCACGGCCGGGCCACGCAGACGCCGGGCGACGCCGCGGUGACGCGCCGCUGCGUGUCCUUCGUCCUGAGGAGCACCCUGGGGUGCCUGCUGGGGGAGAAGGCUCAGACCAACGCCGCCAAGCAGCUCUGCGUCGCCGUGGCAACGCAGCAACGAGCCGUCGGUGAGCGCCGAGACCUCCGCCCAAAUAACCACGACUCAUCAUUAUCAACACCACUCUCAGCCAGUCAGCACACGCGGGUCUGCUGCCUCUGGAGCUGGGAGGACUGGUCCAGGUCUGGGACCACCCCCGCCCCCCUGCUCACUGACAGCAGCACAGCCCUCGUGGACACGGUGAUGUCCGUCCUCGUCCACCCCGCCGCCUCCGCCCGCCUGGCCGCCGCCUGGUGUCUGCGCUGUGUUGCCACGGCAAUGCCGUCCCAGGGUUCCCUGCUGCUGGACCGCUGUGCCGAGCGGCUGGGGGCGCUGAAGUCCUCCCCCGAGGCCGUGGCCGGGCACGGAGCCGCCGUCGCCGCCCUGGUGGCCGCCGUGCAGCACUGCCCCCUGGGAAUACCCCACACCAAAGGCAUGAUGGUGCUGUCACCUGGCGAAUACUGCUGCGUUACAGCGUCUCAGACAGUCCCUCAUGUCUCUGAAGAGGACUCGGGCCCGGGCACUGCUCGUUCCCCAGCGCACUCUGGUAAACACCACAUCCUCACCUCAGCUGGUUGUGUGGUGUUGCCCAGCAGUGUGGAGCACCACCUGGCCCGUUCCUCCUCCUGGGCGGUGUGUUCUCUGCUCUCUCAAGGGACACGAGAUGCGACAGCUGCGGCGAGGGACUACUUUAAAUGGCAGGUUUACGCUGGAGGGACUCCGGGCGCCUACUGUGCGAUGAAGAACCUGCUGCUGCACUGCGGGGAGCUGGUCACCGAUGACAUCAUCAGCCGGCUGCUCACGCCAUUGGCCUGCGCCGUGGCGCUGCUCACCAAGUCAGUCUCACACAACAGGGGUGGGGGGGGUCCUCUGGGUCCUCUAGGUGCUCUGGGUCCUCUGGGUGCUCUGGGUCCUCUGGGUUACCUGCCUCCUGAGGUCUUACAGCAGUUCAGUUCCCGCAGCUCGUCGGUCGUCUACAGACUCCGAGUCUACGAGCUGCUCGCUCUGCUGCCUCCUAACUCCUACCAAGAGAGUUUUGCGUUCGGAGCUCACGCUGCUGCCCCGCUUGCCCAGACGACCCACUGGGGGGGCCCCCCCCCCACCACCCCCCCCCACCCCCCCCCCACAUCUCCGGAGCGGCUCCAUGGCAGCAGUGUGGGCGGAGCCUCCCUGGACUACGAUGCCUUCAGCCUGUGUGAUCAGAGUGAUGAUGAAGAUCCUGCUCCUCUUCCUCCUCCCGUGGCCCUGACCGCCGCCGCCGUGCGCCUCUUCGGGGCGCUGCACCCCCACGUCAUCUCCGCCCAGAGGGUGAAGACAUUGGAGCAGUUUGUGGACACGGUGAACCAGCUGAAGGGUCAACGGCAGCAGACGGUCCAGACGCACGUCUGCGCCGCCCUCUGCAGUCUGCUCAAGCACCAGGCCGGUGUCCGGGGCUCCCUGGGCCCCGAGGAGGUGCGUCCCCCGGCGCUGUCCCUCCUGACGGGGGCGCUGGAGAGCACCAGUCCCCUGCUGCGCUGCCUGGCCGCCGAGGGCCUGGCCCGGCUGGUCCAGGUGGUCGGAGACGCCGGCUUCACCGUCUCCGUGUCCCUGCUCUGCUUUGACAGGCUGAAGACGGCGCGGGACGCAGCGUCUCGCAGCGGCUACGCCCUGGCGCUGGGGGCGCUGCAGCGCUACACCGGAGGUAUCAGCUCGCCCCAGCACCUGUCCACCUGCCUGGGGGUCCUGUUCACCCUGAGCCAGGACAGCACCUCCCCGGAGGUCCAGACCUGGUCCCUCCACAGUCUGUCCCUGGUGGUGGACAUGUCCGGGGGGUUGUACCGCCCCCACGCCGCGCCCUCCUUCGCCCUGGUGCUCCGCCUGCUGCUGUCGGCUCCGCCCACCCACCCCGAGGUGCACCACAGCCUGGGCCGCUGCCUGCACGCCCUCAUCACCUGCCUGGGCCCCGACCUGCAGGAUGAAGGAGCAGCAGUGUCCUCCCUGCGGUCCAGCUGUCUCCUGGGCUGUGCCGUGAUGCAGGACUGUCCCGACGUCCUGGUCCGGUCCAGAGCCGUCUCCUGUCUGCAGCAGCUGCACAUGUUCUCCCCCCGGCACGUCCAGCUGGACACACUCGUCCCCGCCCUCUGUGCCCACCUGUGCAGCUCGUACCUGUGCCUGCGGCGGGCCGUGGUGGCGUGUCUGCGGCAGCUGGUCCAGAGGGGGGCGCUGGAGGUCUCCCAGCACGCCGUGACCCUGGUCAAAGAGCUGCCCCGCCGAGACCACACACAGCUGGAAGUCACCAUAAAGGAGGUGGGUCUGGAGGGCGCCCUGUUCACCCUGCUGGACCGUGAGUCUGAUCCUGGUCUUCGGCGGGACCUCCAGGAGACUCUGGUCCACAUGAUGGGGUCCAGCUCCACCGACGGGAAGCUGGGACACUGGCUCAAAGUCUGCAAGGACGUCCUGUCUGCGGCCACCGACUGCACUGCUCCCGUGGAGGGCCGCCGCACUACGAGGAGCGGACUCCAGGAGAGACGACGCACUCUCCCCUUAGGGCUCGGGCGGAUGGCGGGGCCGUUCACGGCGCUGCGUGGGCCACGCGCAGAUUGCACGUGGUCGCUGUUAGGCGUGCGCAUCAUCUGGCUCAGUGUGACGGAGAGACCCGCCACGUUCAAACAUGGCGCUGGCUCAGGAGAGACGCCUGCACGACUCCACCGUGGCCUGGUUUAUGUUGUGUUUCUGGACCCCCCCCCCCCAGACUUCCUGGUGCUCCAUCUGGGCGAUCUGGUGCGCAUGGCGUUCAUGGCGGCGACGGACCACAGCGACCAGCUGCGGCUGGCAGGGCUCCAGAUGCUGCUGGAGAUCAUCAGACGCUUCUCAGCCGUCCCCGAACCCGAGUUCCCCGGCCACGUCAUCCUGGAGCAGUACCAGGCCAACGUGGGAGCUGCUCUCAGACCGGCCUUCAGUGCUGAUGCUCCUCCUGACGUCACCGCCAAAGCCUGCCAGGUGUGCAGCGCCUGGAUCGCCAGCGGUGUGGUCAGCGACCUGCGUGACCUGCGGCGAGUCCACCAGCUCCUGGCCUCCUCAUUGGCUAAAGUCCAGGCGGGGGGGGACACAUGCAGCCCGCUGUACAACGAGGCCACCGCUACCAUGGAAACGCUGGCCGUCCUGAAGGCCUGGGCCGAGGUUUACAUCGUAGCCGUUCAGAGGAGCCGUCAGAAGGAGAGCCCCGAUAGGAUAGCUGACGUGUCCGUCUCCUCCUUGGCCAAUCACGGCUCAGGCUCUGAGUCAGAAGGGGCGGGCCUACUAAAUCUGGUCCAAUCAGAUCUGUUGACCCUGAGCCGCCUGUGGCUGGCGGCGCUGCAAGACUACGCCAUGCUGACCCUGCCCCAGGAGAACGCUUCCCAGCUACCUGCCACAGGUAGGAGACGGGAGCCAAUCACAGCCAGAGGAUCUUUAACCAGCCAGAGAUCUAACUCGGCCGACCUCAUGUCUCCUCCUCCUGGGCUCCCAUGCUGCACGCCUCCUCCCUCUGCUGCACGCACCGGUUUUGUGAUGUCAGAGGACCCCCCUGUGAACCUGUCCAGACCGGCCACGCCCACCUCCAUGGGACACAGGGGGGGCGGAGCCAAGAGUCCCGAGGACGUCAACACCGACAGACUGCACCUCAUCCUGGGGAUCAGUGUGGAGUUCCUGUGUUCUCCGCACUCUGACAAGAUGGACAACAUCACUUCCUGUCUGCGAGCUCUGCAGGUGCUGCUGGACGUCCCCUGGCCCCGCGCCAAGAUCGGAAGCGACCAGCUCCUGGUGGCGUCUGCGCUGUCUGUCCUCUCCGAGCUGCCGUCCGUCUGCUCCCCGAAGGCAGCGCGUGUCCGUCCUCCCCACCGUCCUCUACCUGCUGCUGGGAUCCUCGCAGAGAUGACAGGUGCCUCGGCGGUGGCGGGGGGGGGCCCGGGUCCGGGUCCGGGUCCAGGCGCCGUGGUCCAGGCGGUUCUUCAGGCUCUGAAGGCGGUGGUGACGUCUCCGAUGAGCCGGCAGGAGAAGAGCCGCGGAGCCUGGACCCUCCUGCUGAGAUCUGGUCUGAGCACCCUGCUGGGCCUCUGGGACGCCGACGGGGUAGUGGACCAGGUCUGUCUCCUCUCAGCUCUGACUGUCUUCCUGGUUUUCAGUGGUCCGGGCGUCGUCACCGUGGAGCGCUGCACGCGCUCAGUCUGCACGCUUCACCUCCGCCAUGGAGUCCAAAGACCCCCUGGUGGUGAGCCGGUGUACCAGCUGUUGGGGUCUGUGUUCCAGACUCAGCACGGCGUUGCGGUCCCGUACAUCCGGGCCCUCGGACGCCGCUGGUUCGAUUCCUGCAGACGGGAGCGUCGUCGUCCUCAGAGCCCCGAGGAGUUGUUGGGGGUCCUGGAGGGAGUCCGGGCCCUGGAGGCCCUGGUCCAGGCUGCAGACCAGUCUCAGCGCGCCCCGCUGGUGGCCGUCCUGUUCCCUGUCCUCGUCUCCUUCCUGCUGGAUGAGAACGCUCUGGGCUCGGCGCCCGCCGCGUCCCGGUCUCUCCACCGGGCGGCGCUCAAGGACCUGAUGCGCCUCGGCCCGCAGCACUCGGCCGUGUUCAGGUCGCUCAUCGCCUCGUCUCCCCCCCUGAGGUCUCGUCUGGAAGCCGCCAUCAAGGGCAACCAGGAGAGCCUGAGCGCUAAAGCUAGCAGCGCUAACCCCCCCACCAAGUCCUCCCCCAGCAUCACGCUCAAAACCAACUUCCUGUGAGGUCACUUCCUGCUGCGUUCACUGACCCCUGGGAAUCUGGAGAGAGAGAACACGCCGCCAACAGACGCGUGACGAACUGGUCGUCCACCCUGGAUUAAUGUGUGUCCUGUCCCGGGGGACUGGAGGGGACCUGGCUCUCAAACGGGGGUCAGUGUCUCCCAAAAAGCCCAAAAUGACGUCCUCAAAUGUCUCGUUUUGUCCUCAACUCACGGAGGAGAGAAGACACUAGAAAAUAUUCACAUGUAACACGCUGACGUCACACAAGUCUUCCUGGUAUAUCAUGAAAAAUGACUCAAAGUGAAUAAUUAAAUUAAUUAUCUCAUAUCUAAUAGACUGUAUUCUAGAAAAACACUAAAUCCUGUGUGUACGUUACAGGCUGAGAGUCUGACCAAUCACAGGAGAGCAUCUCAGAGUCAGCUGAGGCGUCCUCCGACAGUUAGACUCCGCCCGCCUGGCGCUACGAGUACACCGAAACAAACGCUGCUGUUCCGUGGUCUGUCGAUGAAAGGGAGGCUUUUAUUUUGAAAUAAUUGUCCUCUCUGUGUACAUAUAAGUAGGAAAACAAGCUUCCUGUAUCGGCAGCAGUACGGCCCUCGACAGUUUCCGCCAUUUUUGAAGUUUUUGUGAAUGUUGUUUUUGACAUUUUUGUCCAGGUUUUUUUUCAGAUUUUUUUUAGAUUUGUUGUUGCAUUUAAACCUUUAUUCGACCGGACAUCUUAGACAUU